CCACAGGGUAAAUGUCGCCAGGCACUCCAGCUUCAUUUUCGGCGGCCGGUUUUCUGAGCAAAAGACGAGUUUUAGGUGGAAAUUUAUUAAUUCAUCGUGUCGAUGUAAAUUUACCUCCAUAUUUUUCUUUUUUGCGAUGAUCCACAUCUGGUAGCAGACGAAAUACUCUGAGCACAUUGGCGCCGGCAACAACAAGAGACUUUUCGGUGCGGUUAAAAAAGUGGCACGAGAUCGAGUGCUCUACCCCCGUUGGCGGAUGCGUCUCUUUACAAAGCGAAAACAUGUUUAGAUACACAAAUUCCAAGAAUCUUAAUCAAUUAAAAUCGAUAUUGCAGGCAUAAUUAGCAAUUAAAGACACUUUUCUUGCAGCCUUUGCCUUUUGCGUUCCGCGGCUUGUGUACCGUAAAAUGUAAAAUCGUAAACAAAUCAGUGAAGACACGCCCACAUUGAGUGGCGCCAAAGUUCAGAAAGUUGAAUUCUUUUAAUCAUUUUGACAGGCACGCGCUCUCAUAAUGCUGAGUCCUUUUGAGAUUUUUUCUUUUCCAGUUUUGCAUCGGUACAAAGCAUCUGCAUUUUCAAAAGCUGCAUUUCUCAACGCUGUGAUUUCCUUGCUAACUUAUACUUUGCCACUUCUCCUUGCUUAUCGCAGUUUCGGGUUUUGGCUUAAGACGGAUCAAUUUGAUGAGCAACCGUCUGUUCACUUCAAGCAUCAAUUUCUGUUUCUCGCCGACAUCUCGGGAACACAAGGGCCAAUAUUCUGUGGCACAUUUCCUUCCGUAGCCGGCCAAUUUAACAGUCGAAAAAACAGAUGCCCUCUUGUUAAGUCAAAAGAAAUUGAUUUUGAUCAUGAUGGGAAAAUAGACGAAAUUCACUUUGAUCUGGAAAUUCUGCUAGACAAUGACGAGGACAUUUUUGGUACCACACUACUUCUGCUGCUUGACUACAAACUAAAUGCGCUCUGUCAUGUGAACAUGGAAGGUGUAGGGCUAGUCCAAUUUAAUCACCCUGUAGCUGGAGGUGCACUUAGUGUUGUCGGUGACCUGGAAUUGCUGCAAAAAACGGCAUUUGGAAAGAGAUUUGCGCCAGGAGAGAAACUCCAGGAUGUUAUUUCUGCAGAUAAGGAGGUCACUUUUGACAUCGCCAAUUUUCUUGAGAAUUACGCCAAAAGAAACGCAAGUAUUCAACUGAGGAACACAUACUACUCUUGGAUAGGGGGUAGAGCAUCUGACCAGCCUUUUAAAUUAAAUGUUAAGCUGCUGGUGCCGCAGCAAAAUGUCAAGUAUAUUCCAGGCUUCUGGCAGGUCAUGAAAUGGGCAUGGCUCCAGUACUUGUCCAUGCUUCUAGUGGUCAAGUGGGUGGCAUAUAACUUGCGCUACUACAUUUUCACAAAUCAACUUGUACCAGUCAUCAAGAUGCCCUUGCCCUGGACAAAGCAGAACUUUUGAUUUUUACCACUUUUUCAUUUAUUAUCAAACAUUCUUCUGCCUAUUGGAUGUAAUUAUUAAAUAAACUUAAACAAUUAAGCGAAGCAAAAUUUUCAGACAA